CCGGGCCCCCGGGCUCCGGGGAGGCGGAGGUCGGGGGUGGGGGGCGGGGGCGGCACGGGGGCUCCCGGAGCCCGCAAACGGUUCCGGCUGCGGCGGUGGCAACAAAGACGGCGAAUGACCCCCUCCCCUGUCCCGGGGGCGCCGGGCGACAGGCAGGCGGAGGGCCCGGGCCCGCGCGGGGAGCGGGGUGGCCCCCGGGUGGGGCGGCGAGGGCCAGGGGCGCCCCGCGGGGGGGCGGGGGCGGCCGCGCCUGGCGCCGGGGCUCUGGCCGCCUGACAAAACCAUCCCCCGGAGCCAGGCGGCGGCGAGGCGGCGGCGGCGGCUCCAUCCGGGGCUUUGCGGGAGGGGGAGGGGACGGAAGCCGAGAGGGCGGGCGGCGGAUCGGAGGAGGAGGAGGGAGGGAGGGAGGGAGGAAGGGGAGGGGGGCGAUCCGCGUUCCGUUCCCCGGCGCCGGUCCCUCCCUUCCCGCCGCCACGGCGGAGCGCGUCCCGGAGCGGCGGCGGCCGGCGAGCGUCCCGCGUCGGAGCCCCGAGGAGCGAGACGGGCCGGCCAAGGUUUGUUAAAAAACAUGGACUUGGCCAACCAUGGACUUAUUCUCCUGCAGCAGUUAAACGCCCAGCGCGAGUUCGGGUUCCUGUGUGACUGCACAGUGGCCAUCGGCGAUGUGUACUUCAAGGCCCACAAAUCAGUGCUUGCCUCCUUCUCCAACUACUUUAAGAUGCUGUUCGUCCACCAGACCAGCGAGUGCGUGCGCCUGAAGCCCACCGACAUCCAGCCCGACAUCUUCAGCUACCUCCUGCACCUGAUGUACACGGGCAAGAUGGCCCCGCAGCUCAUCGACCCCGUGCGCCUGGAGCAGGGCAUCAAGUUCCUGCACGCCUACCCGCUCAUCCAGGAGGCCAGCCUGGCCAGCCAGGGCGCCUUCUCCCACCCGGACCAAGUCUUCCCGCUCGCCUCGUCCCUCUACGGCAUCCAGAUCGCCGACCACCAGCUGCGCCAGGCCUCCAAGCUCGCGCCGGCCCCGGAGAAGCUGGCGCGGGACGCGCGGCCGGCCCGCCUGGGUCCCGACCCAGGCCCUGACGCCGCUGCAGCCGCCGCCGCCGCCGCCGCCGCGCCGCUGUCGCAGCUGCCCGGGGGCCGGACCCAUCUGACGCCCUCGGAGCCGCUGCUGCCCACGCCGCUGUCCCCCGAACUCGUGUCCACGCCCGUGCCCGCGCCCGCGCCUGCGCCCGUGCCCAUGCCCAUGCCCGUGCCGGGCGUGGGGCCGCCGCCGCCGCCGCCCUCGUCGAUGCCCGGGGACGAGGCGGGGCUGGCGCCGUCACCGUCGGACGAGCACCCGGCGCCGCUGACCAUCGCGCACGUGAAGCCGAGCAUCAUGAAGCGCAACGGCAGCUUCCCCAAGUGCUACGCGUGCCACCUGUGCGGCCGGCGCUUCACGCUGCGCAGCAGCCUGCGCGAGCACCUGCAGAUCCACACCGGGGUGCCCUUCCCGGGCGCCGGGCCGCCGGGGGACGCGCGCGGGGGCGCCCUGGCCGCCGCUGCCGCCGCCGCCGCCGCCGCCGCGGCCGCAGCCGAGGAGCUGGCCAAGGACGCGGCCGACGCGCCCGAGGCGGGCAUGGUCAGCGACAGCGAGCUGCCGCACAUCUCCGACUCGCCGCUGCUGGACGGGCAGCCGCCAUCCGAGACGCCGCCGCCGUCGGACAUCGCGGACAUCGACAACCUGGAGCAGGCCGACCAGGAGCGCGAGGUGAAGCGGCGCAAGUACGAGUGCACCAUCUGCGGCCGCAAGUUCAUCCAGAAGAGCCACUGGCGCGAGCACAUGUACAUCCACACGGGCAAGCCCUUCAAGUGCAGCACGUGCGACAAGAGCUUCUGCCGCGCCAACCAGGCGGCGCGCCACGUGUGCCUCAACCAGAGCAUCGACACCUACACCGUGGUGGACAAGCAGACGCUCGAGCUGUGCACGUUCGAGGAGGGCAGCCAGAUGGACAGCCUGCUGGUGCAGGCCAGCAAGCCCUACAAGUGCAACCUGUGCGACAAGACCUUCGCCACGCCCAGCGAGGUGGUGAAGCACGCGUGCCAGAGCCAGGCCGCGGACGUGUUCGCGCUGGACGAGGGCCGCGCCCUCCUGCUGGGCGCCGGGGGGGACUCGGAGGUCCCCGAGCCCGACCACCCGGUGCUGGCGUCCAUCAAAAAGGAACAGGAAACCGUGUUGUUGGACUGACCGCCCCCCCCCCCUCCACUCCCUGUCGCCGGCUGCUCUUGGCUUUUUUUUUUCUUUCUUUUUUUUUU